CUCGGGGAGAGGAGGGCAGUGAGGAGCGAGGCGCGGGCAGAGGCAGCUCCGGCUGCCGAGAGGAGGGAGCGCGGCGCAGAGAGGAGGGGCUUGCGGGCCCGUAGAAAUGUCAAUCAGAGCCCGGAGCCCCGGGAAUCUCCGCCAAUCUGUUCGGACCUGACCUGGCUCCUCGCCUCCGCCGCCGCCGCCGCCGCGGAGCAGAUCAAUAGGCAACCGCCGAGCGCAGCGCAGCGCGGGAGGCAGCGCGGCCCCAGCCCGGCCCAGCCCCCGAUGCGCGCCGCAGCCCGCGGGCGGCGCUGAGCUGGGCGGCCCCAGGGGCCGGGCCCCCUCUCCGUCCGUGCCCCGCGGGCCACCAUGUCCUUCCCCCAGCUCGGAUACCAGUACAUCCGCCCGCUCUACCCACCCGAGCGCCCGGGGGCCGCCGCCGGCGGUGGCAGCGCUGGGGCCCGUGGCGGCCCGGGAGCUGGAGCCUCAGAGCUGGCUGCCUCGGGGUCCUUGUCCAACGUACUCUCGUCCGUGUACGGGGCGCCCUACGCCGCGGCGGCAGCCGCAGCCGCAGCCGCUCAAGGCUACGGCGCCUUCCUGCCCUACGCGGCCGAGCUGCCCAUCUUCCCGCAGCUGGGCACGCAGUAUGAGCUGAAGGACAGCCCGGGGGUGCAGCAUCCGGCCGCGGCCACUGCGUUUCCUCACCCGCACCCCGCCUUCUACCCAUACGGCCAGUACCAGUUCGGGGACCCGUCCCGUCCCAAGAACGCCACCCGGGAGAGCACUAGCACGCUCAAGGCCUGGCUCAACGAGCAUCGCAAGAACCCCUACCCCACCAAGGGCGAGAAGAUCAUGCUGGCCAUCAUCACCAAGAUGACUCUCACUCAGGUGUCCACCUGGUUUGCCAACGCGCGCCGGCGCCUCAAGAAAGAGAACAAGAUGACUUGGGCGCCCCGCAGCCGCACGGACGAGGAGGGCAACGCUUACGGGAGCGAGCGAGAGGAGGAAGACGAGGAGGAGGAUGAAGAAGACAGCAAACGCGAACUGGAGCUGGAGGAGGAGGAACUCGGGGGGGAGGAGGAGGACACCGGGGGCGAGGGCCUGGCUGACGACGAUGAGGACGAGGAGAUCGAUUUGGAGAACUUAGACGGCGCGGCCGCGGGGCCCGAGCUGGCCCUGCCUGGCGCGGCGCACAGGGACGGCGACCUCGGCCUGGAACCCAUCUCAGACUCCAAGAAUAGCGACUCCGACGACAGUUCCGAGGGCUUGGAGGAGCGUCCACUGCCUGUCCUGAGUCUGGCCCCAGUGCCACCGCCGGUGGCCGCGACUCCGCCAUCACCGCCCUCGCCCUCAGCGGGCCUGGACCCCUGCGCUCCCGCACCAGCGCCUGCGUCGGCCCUGCAAAAACCCAAGAUCUGGUCCCUGGCCGAGACGGCCACAAGCCCGGACAACCCGCGCCGCUCGCCUCCGGGCGCGGGGGGUUCUCCCCCCGGGGCAGCCGUCGCGCCCCCAGCCCUGCAGCUCUCUCCAGCCGCCGCCGCCGCGGCUCAGAGACUCGUCUCGGCGCCGCUGGGCAAGUUCUCCGCUUGGACCAACCGGCCGUUUCCAGGCCCGCCGCCCGGCCCACGCCCGCACCCGCACCCGCUCUCCCUGCUCGGCUCGGCCCCUCCACACCUGCUGGGACUUCCCGGAGCCGCGGGCCACCCGGCCGCCGCCGCCGCCUUCGCUCGGCCGGCGGAGCCCGAGGGCGGAACAGAUCGUUGUAGUGCCUUGGAAGUGGAGAAAAAGUUACUCAAGACAGCUUUCCAGCCCGUGCCCAGGCGGGCCCAGAACCACCUGGACGCCGCUCUGGUCUUAUCGGCUCUCUCCUCAUCCUAGCUCCUUAAAAAAAAAAUUUUUUUUAAUCGUUGUAAUAAUUGUAAAAAAAAAUCGCUCUUGUAUAGUUAUGACUUGUAAGCAUGUCCGUGUAUGGAUACCUAAAAAGAAAACGAAACAAAAAAAGAAAAAUAAAACAAAUCUCCCCUCAGUCCUCCCCCGGUGGUUUCUGUACCCCACAUUAGCUGAGUUUGUGAGGUUGGUUUGUUCGGUUGAUUUGGGGGGGGGGUGGAGUUUCAGUGAGACUAAGCGUGUUUGACUUUUUUUGUAUAUACAGAAAAAUGUACAUAUGUGUGAACCAAAUUGUACAAGAAAGUAUCUAUUUUUGGCUAAAUAAAUGAGCU